UGUAGUACGUGAAAAAAGGGGGAAAAAAGAGAUGUGGGCUUCUUUUAGAGAGACUUCUUUUUUCCUCCUUCACGCGAAGCAUCCCUAUUGGGUCUCUCGUUCUCUGUUUUUGAAAAUGUCUGUGACAUGGAAAUAGUGAGGUUUUUUUUUUUUGAAAAGGAGCGAAUUAUAUGCAUUACUUUGUGUAGCGCGGGGUAUAUAAAACACGCAAAUUAUAGGAGAAACUCGUGGAGAGACCCCCUCGGAAAGUGAUGUUGGAUUAUUUCAUGUGAGGGGUGCCUGAAAGAGACCCCGCAUAUAUGAGGGAUAGAGAAACGAGCAUUGAACAGUUGGUUGAAUAAUAUCUCCGCUUAGUGCCAAGGUUUCCCUCUGAAUGUCUGCAUUAGUUGUAUUUUCACAGUGGCAAGAGUAAGAGGGUGAUCUUCAAUUUUUAAGGUUUCACUGGCUGGUUUAUUUCAGUGUAUUUGGUGCCUUUGAUCGUUUACUAUAAAGGAAUUAAUAGAAAAAAGCGAAAAUAUAAUUUUGCAGAUAAAAAAAGUUCUCUAAAAACAAUAAACAUUAUCUCUGUGACUCCUGUGGAAUCUCUCGUGAAACACUUUCACACUAAAGAUAUGGAAUUAUGAAUCAAGAUAGUUCAACGGUUAAUUUUUCAGAAAUUGGUUCUUACAUCAAGAAUGACUAUGAAAGUGACUCGGCACACGAUGAGGAAGUGUCUGAGUAUUCUGAUGGGCAGGUUGGAGAUGAGGAGGGUGGAGAUAAGAAUAAGGGACGAACGAGGUGGACAAAAUAUGAGGAUAUUGCACUGAAAAACUUAGUGGAAACAUAUGGGGAGAAUUGGACGUCUAUUGCGAAGCAGAUGAAAGAUCGAACAGAUGUUCAAUGCCAGCAGAGAUGGUCAAAAGUUGUGAAUCCGGAAUUGAUUAAAGGUCCCUGGACAAAAGAGGAGGACGACAAAGUUGUUGAACUUGUAUCACGCUAUGGGCCGAAGAAGUGGACGCUGAUUGCACGCCACUUGAAGGGGCGUAUCGGGAAGCAAUGCCGCGAGCGUUGGCACAAUCACCUGAACCCGUCCAUCAAGAAGACCGCAUGGACGGAUGAGGAGGAUAAUAUAAUCUACCAGGCGCAUCAGCAAUGGGGGAAUCAGUGGGCGAAAAUUGCUAAAUUACUUCCGGGACGCACGGAUAAUGCCAUCAAGAAUCACUGGAAUUCAACGAUGCGUCGCAAGUAUGAGACAACCGAAGUGCCGAAGCGUCCACGUCAGCAGGGUGGGAAGAAGAUGUCCCUGCGUGCCCUUAUAACGACCAACCGGAAGUCAUUCAUACAGAAUUGUCGUAGAUCCGAUGCAUCGCACGGCCUGGGGGAUACGGAUCAAAUUGCCAUUUCCACGCAGAAAGGUGACUUCCUCCUUGAGGCUAUUCGCACCAAAGGUGAAUCAGGAUUUAUAAUGUCACCGAUUCUCAAUAAGAAUGAAAAUCGCUCAUCAUUCAUUCUGUCACCGGCUAGAGCAAUGCAAUCGUCCAAGAUGCACAAUGAAUACACGGAUACUCUUCAAAUUCCACUUUCAUUGGACGAUUUGUUGGAGUCUCCGAAGCAGUCUCACAAGAAAUUGACCGACCAUCCCCCGGCAAUACUGAAGAGAUCCAAAAAAAGGCGUUUUUCAGAUGAUAAUGAGAAACUUUUAUUAAACAUGAAUCAAAUGGAUGAUGUUAGACCAUUGGAAUCGCCAUCAGAGACACCCGUAAAACCUCUCCCAUUUUCACCGAGUCACUUUCUGACCUCACCCUGUAUGAAUUUGUCCCUUGACAUUAAACUUCCGGCCAGUACACCUGUCCGAAAUCGUAGAGGCGAAAAGGAAGAUGAUGAGAAUGCAGCUUUGACUACACCACCCCCGGAUGAGAAGCACCACGAUGAUGGGGAGAAGGGGAAAAAGGGUGAAAGUGCACCACAGAGAUUCGGCGAUGGUGGUAAAGUGCGUGGGAAGUUACUUGUGGGGAAUAAUCCGCGUACACCGACACCCUUUAAGAAAGCUCUAGCAGAGUUACGGCGUCAAAAUACGGAUUCGUACGUGCCACCAAGUCCAGGAAGACUUGUGGAGGACAUUGUGGAGAUGAUGCAUAAGGAGCAAAUGGAUUCGACGGAUAGUGUGUACGAAGAGGGUGGAUCUGUCAAGGCCUCAACAAGUACGGCUACACACGAUGAUUCCAAGGAGAAUUCACAGCCUCAGGGAUUGCGGAAGGUGCGGAAAUCCCUUGGAAGUUCAUGGGAGAAUACCACGGAAAUGCCGUACAUGGCUGAAACACCGAGCAAAUCUCUCAAUUCUGAUUCGGGCGUGAUUUUCUCACCACCGAGCAUCAUGAAGAACACUUUAGGUGAUUCGGAAUUACUGCUGGACACGCAAAUGGAUGAUGAUGAUGAUUCCAAGAAGAGCGGCUAUCAGGUAUAUCUUUCACGUAAUUGCUUAAGUAACAGUAGCACUAAUACCGAUACUAGCGUUCGCGCCAUGAGACAACUUCACAAUGAAGCACAAUUUCAGUGGGCAAAUGGUCGUGGUGGUGGAUUUCAGGAGAGCAAUAAAGAGAAUCUCGGUAUUAUUCCGGGGAAUUUCAUUGAAUUCAAUCCACUUGUUGAUGAAAAUGAGAGUAUAACGAAUUUCCAACUGUCCAAGUCAAUUUAUGCAAAUGCAGGACAGUUGCAUGGAAAAAUUUUGGGGAAUCAUCAGCAAAUUCCACCAAUCUCCACAUUUGGUUUCAAUAGAACGAAUCUCCUGCACAAUUCAUCACAUUUACAGCAUAUUCCGCACACUCAAUCGAAUUUUGAUGCCACAAAUGGUGCUUUUAUCACAUCAAUCCCAAAUCAGCAGCAGGUUUCCGUCACAAAUUGGCACACAAAUUGCUUCGGGAAUGCCACCACGGGGAGUGUUAUGGGGAAUUCCACAGCGACAGUCACGUCGCAACAUAUCGGUCUGAGUCAGGGCAAUGCAAAUGGGAUGCCGUUGUCGAUGGGGAGUGUUUUGACUGAUGCAAAUGGGGAGAGAAAUAUGGGGGGUAAUCGCUUCAAAACAUUCGAUUUAAAUGAUGAAUAUUGGUUGGAUUUCACACAAUUGGAAUAUUUGUGAAAUUUGCAUUUCAAUUUCUUAUUCUUUGCCUUCCUUCUCAACCAUUUUGCCCAUUGAAGUUGCAACGUCGCUCUGCAUUGUCUUGUAAGGCAAGACUUAAAGCUGUUUUCGAUCAAAUCUUUAGUUUCUCUAACAAGACAUAAAAAAAAAUUCCCAAUUUUUUAUUAUUCCCCUGCGUUGCAAGAAUCUUCUUUUUGUUGUUGAAUUAAAAAAACAUACCAAAGAAGUGUAAUGUUAGUCAAAAAGUGGGCGUUUGGGUUAGUGCAUCAAACACAUUAUUAUCAUAUAAAAGUCCUAACACCACGAUGCAUGUCUUACCACCCCUCCGACAAUAAUGUCCUUAAACAAUUUAAAAGAAAAGAACAAGAAAAAGGGGAUAAAAAAGUUGUAGAGAUAAUAGUAUUGUAAAUUGUUACAUUUUUUUCACAAUGAAAAAUAAUUUUAAGUGUAAAUAGAAAGAAAAACAAGAAUUUAAAAAAUAUAUAUUAGGAAAAAAAGUAUAACAAUAAUUUUACCUUAAGUUGCACCACUCGAAUUAUUAAAAUAAUACCAUGACCAUAAUUUUUUAAAUGUUUUUUUUUUAUCUUGUUUAAAUUACAAGUCUCUCUAAGUUUAUAAAAAAUAAUAAUAUAAACUGUAUAAAAUAAUUUAAAAAACGAAAUAAUAAUAUAUUUGCACAGAGUAAUUUAAACCAGAUAUAAAAUACUAAUAUAAUUUUCAUUUUAGUUUGUACAAAGAGAAAGAAAAAGGAAAAUAUCAAAAUUUUUCUUUUUAAUACUAUUUUAGAAAAGAAAAAAACUAUCUCUCACACUAACACGUUAUUGAAAAUAUAUAAAAGAAAAAAACGGUUGAAUGAAUAACUUUAAAGAAAGAAAAA